AGUUAUUUUAUGGGUCUUUUUUGCGUGUGUACUCUCACUUAGCAUAUGAAACAUUUCAGAUUAAGUACAAGAAUUUUGAUAAAGUUGAAGAGAGAAAGUGGUGGCACAUUCCAAUAAUUACAGAAUUUCUUGAGAAGAAUGGUCUUGAAUCUGCACUGAAGACAGUUCUUGGCACAGAGAUGGUACAAGCACGUCAGUUUGUACAUUUUGCUUUUCCACGGCUUAAGUGGACUGAUCAAAGUAAUGACACUGGAAUUUGGAAGGAUCAGGCUUCAAAUGAAACAGAAGCAAUAGGAAAACAUAGUGAUCAUUCAGGAGAUUUCGCUGUUCCUUCAGCAUUAGAUAGAUCUGUAAACUAUUCAAACCAGUCAGACAGCCAUCCAGAUCCAGAGUCCUCCCCAAAUUGCUCAAACCUUGAUGAACAUAAAUCUUCAGAGAUUGAAGUUGUUGAAGCCUCACACUCCGAUAAAUAUUUUUGGAAAAACAUUGCUGAUAUUGUGAAUCAUAAUGUUGUCCAGAGAAUUGGUUUUCCUGCUUUUGAUAAGAUAAGGUGGGAUGAAUUUGACUUGUUAAAUAAGAUUGGGUUGCAGUCUCAACAAGUUGCAGUCGCCAGUUAUAUUGAAUCUGGACUUGCUACUCCUGAAAAGCAGGAAAGGUUGGUACCACAAAUAAUGAACACAAUUCAAUCAUCAUUGCCAGAUAUUAAGAAGGCAACAAGAGAUUUGCUACAGCAGACUGAUUCCAUUCUGGGUGCUCUUAUGGUUCUAAACACAACAGUUUUCAAGUCAAACAAAGGGGUAGAACUUAUUGGAAGCGGCAACACAAAAAAAGAUUCAACACCUGAAAUAAAAAGUGACGUUCAUGGAUACCCAAUACAUAAUGCAACAAUCUUAAAUGAAACAAAAGCCGAGGAAAUGAGGGAACUUUUUACAAGAGCAGAAACUGCUAUGGAGGCUUGGGCAAUGCUAGCCACAUCUCUGGGGCACCCAACUUUUAUUAAAUCUGAAUUUGAUAAGAUAUGCUUCUUAGAUAACUCAUCUACUGACACUCAGGCAACUCUCUUGUUAUUCUAAAUUAGUGCUUCCUUUGUCCAAGAGUGUAUCAUGUGUUUGUCUUAGACAUGGUUUUAAAUAAAACAAUUUUCAUAUCUACCUCUGAAAAGAAAAGAAAAUUGGAUCUCACCAAGUCUUGUAGGAUAGAUUCAAAGAAAAACAAAAAACUGAUGGUGUUCAAAUUUGGGAAAGUAAACAUUAAUUUGGGAUGUAGUAAAACAGUAAUGAAAGAUCGAACAAAAUGAGGCGUAGGGACUCUUUUUAUUUUGGUAUAAAACUUUGUUUAGAGGUGAAUGGACAUCUAAUCACAGACUAUAUAGAUCUGCAGGUUGCACUUUGGCGAGAUCAAUCACGGAAAAGAUUAGUUGUUGCUUUCAGAGGAACUGAACAAGCUAGAUGGAAAGAUCUGCGGACAGAUUUAAUGUUGGUUCCAACAGGGCUAAAUCCUGAAAGGAUAGGAGGUGACUUCAAGCAGGAAGUUCAGGUCCACAGCGGUUUUUUAAGUGCAUAUGAUUCGGUCAGAACAAAGCUUAUCUCACUUAUCAAGCAAGCAGUUGGAUAUGUAGAUGAUGACCUUCUACCCACUCCCAAGUGGCAUGUUUAUGUAACUGGUCAUAGUUUGGGCGGUGCUUUAGCUACUCUCCUUGCUCUUGAAUUAUCAACAAGUCAACUGACAAAGCGUGGAGCUAUCUCUGUGACUAUGUAUAAUUUUGGAUCUCCCAGAGUUGGGAACAAGAAAUUUGCUGAACUGUAUAACGAGAAAGUCAAAGACAGCUGGAGGGUUGUAAAUCACAGAGAUAUAAUUCCAACAGUUCCACGUUUAAUGGGCUACUGCCACGUGGCUCAACCUGUUUAUCUCACUGCAGGAUAUCCAAAAAAUGCAAUGGCUAACGUUGAACUAUUAGAAGAUAGCUACCAAGCAGAUGUUAUUGGGGAAGCCACACCUGAUGUUAUUGUCAGUGAAUUUAUGAAAGGCGAGAAGGAAUUUAUUGAGAAAAUAUUGAACACGGAGAUCAAUUUUUUCCGAGCUAUUAGAGAUGGGAGUGCACUGAUGCAGCAUAUGGAGGAUUUCUAUUAUAUUACCCUAUUGGAGAAUGUGAGGUCAAACUGCCAGAACGUUACAAUCACGUGAAGAGUUGCUGUAAUAAUGGUUGCAGCAGGACAAAAGGAGUUCUCCGUGGAAUGAUCCAUUAAAGCUUAAAAAUCCCU